ACCAAAUAUAAUAAUUAGUGGUCAACAAAAAUGAGAUGUCACAUAGGAGAAAGAAAAAAAGAAAAAGAAUAAUAACACCUCGUAAAGGGAAUUUUGAUUUUUAAUCUAAUAAGAAAGUUCCCUCCUUUUUCUUUAUUUUUGUGAUUUCAAGAAAAGUAAACUUUUGCCAGUCUACUGUCUCCAUCUUGCAACAGCAUAACAAACCUCAUCGCCAUUUGCAGAUAGCACAGCAAAUCAGCAUUCAUCUUCUCAUUCCCCUCCAUUAACACCCUCCAUGGCCAUCUUCAUCAACUACUGCUCUGUCACAAAUCAUCUCUGUGUGUUUCACUGUGUGUGAGAGAUGCAACGAGAGUGGGCAGACAGAGGAGAGAGAAAGAGAAAAACACCCAUCAAGAUUCAGUUCAAUUCAAAAACAUUAAAUUAAAUUUGAGAUCUCGCUAUCUGUCUUCAUUAGGAUACAUACAACUCUCAACUCGGAUUUCCUUAAAAGAAAUCUCAUGUUUUGUUUAUUGUAGACAUACAAAGAAGAAAGCUAAGUAUGAAAAUCUUUCUUGGUUUUUUGUUUGUCUUAGUUUUGGAUUUCGAAAUUAGCUCAACUGAUGCCAGACCCGAAGCUUCAUUUCCGUUUUCUGCGAUUUCUGUUCCUGAAUCCUCACCUGCUGCGCCUCCCAUUCCUUCAAUUCCGGCGUCAAUGGCCGACUUCACUUCAGGAACUGAAAUCGAUAUCACGAAGCACCAACACAGUUCAAGUCGAAAGGUUCUUAUUGGUCUCAUCACAGUUUCGUCUGUGAUGGCAAUCAUCAUAGUGUUCAUCGUGUGUUUGUGGAUAUGCCACAGAAAGAAUAUACACAAAUCAGGCAAAAUCGGUACCAAAAAAUUAGAUUCUCUGAGAGGGCUUCCAUUGAGUUCAUUCGUUAGCAGAACUAACGGUGUUUUCAAAACCAAAAUCGAAAAGGGAUCGGUGGUUGUUAUGGAUUAUAACGUGUUAGAAUCAGCAACAAAUAGCUUCGGUGAAAGCGAGAUAUUAGGCGUAGGUGGAUUUGGAUGCGUGUAUAAAGCUCGACUCGAUGAUAAUUUGCAUGUUGCUGUUAAAAGAUUAGAUGGUAUUAGUCAGGACGCCAUUAAAGAAUUCCAGACGGAGGUUGAUCUAUUGAGUAAAAUUCAUCAUCCGAAUAUAAUCACCUUAUUGGGAUAUUGUGUUCAUGAUGAAACCAAGCUUCUUGUUUAUGAACUGAUGCAUAAUGGAUCUUUAGAAACUCAAUUACAUGGGCCUUCCAGUGGAUCCAAUUUAACAUGGCAUUGCAGGAUGAAGAUUGCUCUAGAUACAGCAAGGGGAUUAGAAUAUUUGCAUGAGAACUGCAAACCAUCGGUGAUUCAUAGAGAUCUGAAAUCAUCUAAUAUCCUUCUGGAUUCCAGCUUCAAUGCGAAGCUUUCAGAUUUUGGUCUUGCUAUAAUGGAUGGGGCCCAGAACAAAAACAACAUUAAGCUUUCAGGGACAUUGGGUUAUGUAGCUCCUGAGUAUCUUUUAGAUGGAAAAUUGACGGAUAAAAGUGACGUGUAUGCAUUUGGAGUUGUACUUUUAGAGCUUUUACUCGGAAGGCGACCUGUAGAAAAAUUAGCAGAGUCGCAAUGCCAAUCUAUUGUCACUUGGGCAAUGCCACAAUUAACAGACAGAUCGAAGCUUCCGAAUAUUGUAGAUCCCGUGAUCAGAUACACAAUGGAUCUCAAACACCUGUACCAAGUUGCUGCGGUGGCCGUGCUAUGUGUACAACCAGAACCAAGCUACCGGCCAUUAAUAACCGACGUUUUGCAUUCUCUGAUCCCUCUUGUCCCCGUUGAGCUUGGAGGGACUCUAAGACUUACACAAACAAGGCCUUCGAUGAAAAAGAGAAGAAAAUGGCAAAGUGAGGGUGUUUAUUAG